AUGCCUGAAGUUCGCGCGCAGCCGAUACGUCGAAGCUCCGACGCAUCCUCUUCGUCACGUACCUCGCAUACUGCGAAACAAACACGCCGUGUCUCGGAUAUUUCCUCCUCUUCGUCACGUCCUUCGCUCACUGCAAGACGAAUCUCGGACGUUUCUUCUUCCUCUUCUGCUUCCGUUCCACCUCGACGUACCCGCGACACGAAUCAGCGAACUCGAAAAGUGGUCCCGACUUUGUCCACUCCAUCACGUCAAUCUAUCCAACAGAACUCAAGCACCCCUUCACGAUCGCAUGCAAAUCCGCUAGAGUUGUUGAGAAAGUCUGUCGCCGAUAUAUUUGAUGACAUUCAAAAGUCAACUGUAUUACAUAGAAAGAACGCUCUUGCUUUGCGAAAGAUACAGGAACGAUGUUCUAUAAAUCCAUCGAUUGGUGAACGGGCUUUUAACAAGACAAUCCUGGACAUGAUUCAGAAAAUCUUGAGUGUCAAGAAGAAGGAAUCCUGUGUUGAUAGAACAGUUAAAUUUCUUGGAGCUUUCAUUCAGUAUACGUCUGAGAAAGAUGCAAAGGAUAACGACUCUGUUGGCAGUGACGAUGACGGGACUUUAUCAUCCCGUUUAGUGCAAGAGCUAGCCAAAUAUUUACUAAAGGGAAUUGAAUCAAAAGAGAAACUAGUACGGUUGCGCAUUUGCCAAUUACUUGGUCAUUGUGCUUACGCCCUUGAUUCGAUCGACGAUUCAUUGUAUAAUAAGAUGCGAAAGAAGUUGACAGAUCGUAUACACGACAAGGAUACUGGCGUCAGAGUCCAGGCCGUUGUAGCCCUAUCCAAGUUUCAGAAUAUUGAUGCAUAUAUUCAGGCAGGAUGUGAUGUCGGAAAUGGUGACAAUCGUGAAAUAACUGACAAAUUACUCGAUGUACUGCAAUAUGACCCAAACGCGGAAGUUCGUCGUGCGGUAUUGACACACAUAGAUUAUAACGAAAACACGAUGCCGAAGGUUCUUGAACGUGCACAUGACACGGACGCCACCAUUCGGAAAUAUGUGUUCAGUAAAUCUCUAGACGAACUUGAGGAUUUUCGUUUCUUAUCUAUUGACGAGCGAGAACAAGUAUUACGGUGGGGACUGAGUGACAGGGAUAAAAACGUGAAGAAUGCGUGCUCUAACCUUUUGACUUCAAAAUGGAUCACGCAAACAAAUGACAACAUAUUUGAGCUUAUUGGACGUUUAGACGUGAUCAAUAGUGUUAUUGCCAAGGAUGUAGUCACGGAACUUUUGAGGAAUAGGCGGGAUCUUGCGGAGAAAAUAGUGUUUGAUGAUGAGUUCUGGGACAAUUUGACAGUUGAAAGAGCAUUCCUUGCGCGUGUGUUUUGUGAACAUUUGAAGGAGGAUGAAAACCAACUUGGUGAAAAAAUGCCCGAAGUUACGCGUCUUGCUUUAUGUAUACAAAACUAUAAUAAUCUGCUGAGCCAGUCACUUGAUGACGAAGAUACAACUGUGAAGUACGAGUUUAUGCUUGAACAGUUACUAAUAAUUGCGACGAUGCUAGAUUAUGGCGACGAGGGUGGACGUCGCCAAAUGAAUAAUCUAUUGCGUGAAAUGUUGAUGUGUGACAUUACCGAUAGUUUUAUCGAUUACAUUGUGGAAACUAUGAGAAAGAUGGCUAUUGACGAGCGAGACUUCAAUCGUAUUAUGAUUGAAAUAAUUUCAGAUAUAAGAGAAGGAUAUGACAAUGAAACAGGAGACAACUUUGCUGAUGAUAGAAGGUCGAGAAUGACUUUAGACGAUGAUGUAGCAUCUGUAAGGUCAAGGUUAUCGCGUUCAAGUAUCCACACGAUGGAAAAUAUCAACGAGGAUGAGGAUGACGCAGACGAGGAAAUUAAGUCAAUGGAGGCAGAUCUGAAAUCGUUAGCAAUUAUGAAAUGUAUGCUUGAAAUAAACGAACAGCAAAUAGACGACACAUCGCCGGUGUUUGCUUUAUUGAGAAAUCUUGUCGUGCCUAGCAUCCAAUGUUCCGAGCCACUUGUCGCUAUCGAGAAUCUCGACCUGUUUUUAUACUGCUCUCAGAAUGGGCCUGAUGAGUUGAAAAUCAAGUGCCUCAUGAUCUUAUUUGAUAUAAUCCGUGUAUUUGGCUAUGCUAACAUUGUUGAGAGAAGUGGAAAGGCAGAUGAGUUUUGUAAACUAUGGAAAGUGUCUUUGGACCAUGAUCUUCCAGAAAUGCAAGCAGUAGCAGUAGAAGGGAUGUCAAAAUUACUUUUGACUAGAUCAUGGGAAGACAAAGAGACCCUCCGUAAGCUUGUAUAUCUAUAUUUCGAUCCAAACACAGCAAGUAAUAACAGGCUACGACAGUGCUUGAGCUAUUUUUUGCCAGUAUAUUGUCACUCAUCUUCGAAGAACCAGAAAAUAAUGUGUGAGAUAUUUCCUUCAUGUCUUGCGGAGCUAAUUAGGACGCAUAAACUGCUCAGCAAGCAUUAUGAAAUGGUGCCACCCCUUCAGAUUGCUCAACAGAUGGUAGAAUGGACUGAUCCGAACAAACUUGUUAUAACUGGGCGUGAUAGUGAAGCCAUCGACUCUGGAAUUCAGGCCGACGUUGCAAUUGGUGUAUUGAAACUUGUAUACACCGAAACAAGCAAGGAAGUCAGAAAAAUACUUUCCCAAGUGUUAACAAAGUUCCACAUCGACGAGCGCGUUGGCCAAGCAAGAAUUAAGCAACUUACUCUACUUACCGGAAACCUAAAAACCAGACGGCCAUUGAAAGAAGCUGUCGGAAAGAAUGCAUUAAAUAAAUUUGAGAAAACGCUUUUACAAUACUUUUCUGAUAGUCCCGAAUC